UAUUUACAUUAGCAAAUAAAAUAAAUGUGAGAACACAAAAAGACUAGAAACAAAAUGCUAGAACCGGGUGUCAUAAAAAAGCUAGACGAAACGGUGGUCAACCGCAUAGCAGCCGGCGAAAUUAUACAGAGACCUGCGAAUGCUUUAAAAGAACUUCUGGAGAAUAGUUUGGAUGCAAAAUCGACCUACAUACAAGUUACUGUCAAAUCUGGCGGUCUCAAAUUGCUGCAAAUUCAGGAUAAUGGCACCGGCAUUAGAAAGGAAGAUAUGCCAAUAGUUUGUGAGAGGUUUACUACAUCCAAAUUAACCACAUUUGAAGAUUUGACAAAGAUAGCAACAUUUGGUUUUCGUGGAGAAGCUUUGGCCAGCAUGAGCCAUGUAGCCCAUCUGACGAUACAAACCAAAACUACCAAGGAGAAAUGUGCAUACAAGGCUUCCUAUGAAGAUGGCAAGUUAAAGGCACCACCAAAGCCUUGCGCUGGUAAUCAAGGUACUAUUAUAACCAUAGAGGACUUAUUCUACAACAUGCCACAAAGGAAACAAUCAUUGAAAUCAGCUAAUGAGGAAUUCCAAAGAAUUUCAGAUGUUUUGUCCAAAUAUGCUGUGCAUAAUCCCAAGGUGGGAUUUUCUUUGAAACGCUUUGGAGAGCAGCCUUCGGUGAAAACUCCUCCCAAUAGUACAACGGAGAGUAAUAUUCAGACAAUAUUUGGUGCAACAAUUGCCAAGGAGUUAAUGCCGGUAGAGCUUAAGGAUGAGGUGCAUAAAUUCUAUAUGACAGGAUACAUAACCAAAGUGAAUUAUAAUGCCAAAAAGGGUAUUAUGUUGUUCUUCAUAAAUCAUAGGCUGGUGGAUCUAGCAGCCCUAAAGAAUGCCAUUGAUAGCGUCUACAGCUUAUACUUACCCAAAGGUAUGCACCCUUUUGCUUAUAUCAGCCUGGAAAUAAAUCCCUCAAACAUUGAUGUCAAUGUCCAUCCCACAAAACAUGAGGUACAUUUCCUAUAUGAGGAUGAUAUUGUGGAAAAAAUCAAAUUAAACAUUGAAGCUCAAUUGCUUGGUAGCAAUGAUACGCGUACUUUCUACAAACAACUGAAAAUUCCUGGCAUUUCCCUAGACUCAACAACAGUGGAAGAGGAACUCCCUUUGAAGACCAUAAGCGUUGAACGUAUAAAUCCUCAAAAUAUGGUACGCACCGAUAAUAAAGAACAAAGUAUUUUGAAAUUUCUAAAUGUUGAAGGGGUCAAGCUUAACGAUUCCGGUUGUUCAAUGAGUUUGAGUGGUUCCAGUAUGGCUUCGGCGGAGGAAAGUUUUCGUGAUGUGGCUGCCAGAAAAUCGAAAGAGGUUAAACUAACCAGCAUUUUGAAUAUGCAAAAGAAAAUUGAAAAUGGUUGCUCUGUGGAAAUACGAAAGAUUGUGAAAGAGAUGGUAUUUGUAGGCGUGGUGGAUAAAGAAUUUGCUUUGUUUCAGCAUGAGACCAGGCUAUAUAUGGCCAAUACCAUAAAAUUAAGUGAGGAACUAUUUUAUCAGCGCUUGCUAUAUGAAUUUGAAAACUUUUCCAUGAUCACCAUUAAACCAGCUGCAUUGCGCAUAAAGGAUUUAAUAAAAUUGGCUUUGGAAACCCCCGAAAGUGGUUGGUCCGAAGAUGAUGGUGAUAAAGAUGAGCUGGCUGCCAGAGCUGAGGAAAUCCUUAUAGAAAAAUCCGCCAUAUUAAGGGAAUACUUUUCCAUGAAUAUAACAGACAAAGGCUAUUUGGAAAGCUUACCUUCUCUUUUGGCCCAGCAUAUGCCGAGCAAGACAUUUCUGCCCAUCUAUGCUCUAAGAUUGGCCACAGAAGUUGAAUGGGAAACAGAAGAGGAAUGUUUUGAAACAUUUUGCAGAGAAACUGCUCGUUAUUAUGCUAUGAUUUCCGAAUACGAAUUACAAACAGAGCCCAAACGUCACAAAUGGAUGGUAGAACAUGUUAUAUAUCCAGCAUUUAAAAAAUAUCUGCUACCUCCACAUAGUCUAAAGAAAUAUUUCUACGAGUUGGCAAAUCUGCCGGCCUUGUAUAAAGUUUUUGAAAGAUGUUAAGGAAUUAUAAGAAUUUUAAGAUUACACAAAAAUCAGCGUUACUUAGAGUACAUUUCCAAGAAAUAUUAUAUUAUUAAAAUUAUGUGUCUAUUAUAAGAAUAGUGGUAGUCCCUUUAGAAGUUAAUGCAUGC